GAAAGCCAAGUUGACGCGUUAUUAUGAGUCACUGCAGCACGGUAGCCAAUCGAACAGAAUUUGUGAAAACCAAAAGCUGUUAACCUGAACGCAACACGUUUACUGUGUUUGCCUUCUGAAAGCACUAGCUCUUGAAUGUCGUCUCUCACAAUGGAAUAACGGGAGAUUCGCAGUCGGACUUGUUAAAAAGUCAUCGAUCAUGGCGUGUUUUUCAAGCCUUAUAAUCAAUACGUGAACAUAGAAGCUGACGGUCUGCGUGGAAACCGUUUACUACAUGUUGCAGCACCACAUACACAUGUGGAAUGGUUGGAUGGGGGACGAGUGAGCCUUCAACUCCCGGGUUCUUCAUCGCAACACAGUCUGGCGGUCUUGGGAUUGAUUUUCAAAGACAGGGAGCUGAUCUGUAUGUCGACUGGUCAACAUGGCAAUUGUCCGUCUUGUCAGCUGUCAGCCGUCGAAAUUCUUAAUUCUCGCGUCGAUCGCUGCUGCUGUAGCGUUGCUGCUUGUGCUUCAAAUAUCACCUGGUCAUCUUCGUAUCGAAACUGAUUCCGUACUCUAUUACAAACCCCGUGGGGAUGAUCCAAAACAUUUUUUACCCACAGCAGAGGGAACUGGACAGAAACCGAAUAUUGUGUUUCUUCUGGUUGAUGAUUUAGGUUAUAACGACGUAGGUUAUCACGCUAAGAAUGGCAAGUCAGCUAUCAGAACUCCGAACAUUGACGAACUCGCCGAGCAAGGCGUCAAGUUGGAGAAUUACUAUGUACAACCUCUGUGUUCUCCAACCAGGAGCCAGCUCAUGACGGGCAGGUAUCAGAUCCGUAUGGGAAUUCAGCACUACUUGUUUGAGCACAGCCGACCACAAUGUUUGCCGCUGGAUGAAGUCACUCUACCGACCAAGUUGAAGGAAGUUGGCUACUCGACGCACGCAAUUGGCAAAUGGCAUCUCGGCUUCUGCCAUCGAGCUUGUCUACCAACCAGCAGGGGAUUCGACACAUUCUUUGGCUUAUAUACGGGUGGGGGAGAUCACUGGUACUAUAAUCGCUCCAUGGAAAGUCACAGACACGUCUCGGGACACGACCUGCAUGAUGAUACCACAGAGGAACUGAAGAAUGUGCGUCAGUAUGACGGUAUCUACAGCGCUGAACUCUUCACAUCGCGUGCCCAGAAGAUUAUCAAACAACACCGGAGGGACAGGCCGUUCUUCCUGUAUCUGGCCUACAAGAAUGUCCACUUUCCAAUCCAAGCCCCUCAACGUUACAAGAAUUUAUACCAAGAUUCCAUUAGCGCAAACCACAGACGGACAUACGCCGGAAUGGUCAGCGCUGUGGAUGAAAGCGUCAGAAACCUGACAAGGACACUCAAGGAGGAAGGCGUUUGGGAUAACACAAUUGUUAUCUUCUCGUCGGAUAACGGUGGAUCAUUAACCAGUCAGGGUAACAAUUGGCCCCUUCGUGGCGGAAAGAAGAACUUGAACGAAGGCGGAGUGCGGGCUGUUGGUUUCGUUAGCGGUCCGCUUCUACCUAAAGCCGUGCAGGGUACCGUCAAUGCGGAGCUCAUCCAUGUCAGCGAUUGGUUACCAACCCUAGUAAGGAGCGUUGCUGGUGGCCAUACCAACAACACCAAACCUUUAGAUGGAUAUGAUGUAUGGAAAACAAUCAGCGAAAGAGCCGCAUCACCCCGUACUGAGAUUCUUCACAACAUCGAUCCCAUGCAGGACUAUGAAAGUCUUAGCCUGGAGGACCAAGCAUUGUUAACCUCGUUGGCAGGAGAUCAUAACUUCGACCCUGGUAUUUGCGCAGCAAUCAGAGUCGGUGAUUGGAAAUUACUAACCGGAGCGUCAGGGAGUUCAAAAUGGCGUAGACCGCCUGAAUCUCCUGACGUCAUCCCUGCCAAAACUUGUCCGGGUUCUUCCAACGCCAUUCAACUGUACAACAUCAGAUACGACCCUCGUGAGACCUGCAACGUGGCCCGCGACAACAAGGAGAUCGUUCUUAAGCUCCUUCAGCGACUGCAGUACUAUCAGUCGGUCUCAGUCCCGGUCGACUUCCCAGCGACCGACGAAAGGGCUAACCCACAGCUCCACGGCGGAUUCUGGAUGCCAUAUCUAGAUUGAUGAACGGGGCCCUCCCGCCAGUACGGGUGAUUCACAAUAGUGCGCCUCCAAGAGUUUGCAACGCGUU